GCAGCGUUUAGUCUGCAUACGACUUCGAUUUAGAAUGGUUGGUGUCAGCGCGUCGCGGCGAUGUGAGCGGCUAAAUAUCGAGUGCGAGUGAAACAGCAAUAGAGAAAGAAGUGAUUUCGUGUAGGUGUGCAAAGGAGAAACAAAUCGAAAACGGAAUAACGGUGCAUACGCAUGGGAAUCAAAGAGAAAAAACCGCCGAGUGCAACUGUAGCGGAUUUUUUUGCAAUACAAAUUAAAUUUCAAUUAAGUUUAAUCAAUUUCUGAAUUGUUGUCAACUGCAGGCUGGAGCGCAACAGCACCAUCAGGCAAAGCCAACAAAUACAAAGUGAAGUGCAAAAACAAAACCGGUUCGCCUCUGCAGCAGCAUCAGCAGUAGCACAACAACAACAGCAUCAAAAACUCAAAAGCAAAGGCAAAAGCAAAGUAAAGGAAGGCAAAACCAAAGGCAGCGAAAGAAUUUUUGUUGCUUUCUGCGUAUUUGUUUGUGUUAGUGAGUGUGCGUGUGUGUCCGUUUCUGUGUGCCUGUAUUUGUGCAAAGAAAAGGCAGCAGGAAAAGGCAGUUGGAAUUUGUUGUUGCCGCUACCGCAGCCGCUGCCGGCUUCGCUGCUGUUACUUUGAUUAUUUUUUUUGGCCCAGGUGAAGAAUUUGUAUAGCCAAUGCAAACCUGUUCAAUAACAGCAACAACUAAAACAACGCAUGCAACAAAAACUACAACAGCAAAACAAAACAGCGAAAAAAAGUGGCACAAGUGAAAAUUCCUGUGUUGCGACUGUAUGUGUUUGUGUGUGUUAUUUUUUGACAGUCUUGGCCAAAAGUGAAAAUCAAUUUGCUGAGUGUGCGCGGGCUACAAACACAGAGAGAAGGAGAGAGAGAGCGAGUGAGAGAGCGCACAAAGUUUCGUCCUUUUAGGCCAAAAAUACCAAAACCCUACUAUGCGAGAACGAGAACGAAAACUUGACGAAAAAUCUACCGAAUGCCGAUAAAAACAAUAACAACAACGACGAAAGAAGAGCAACGCAAAGCAAAAAGUAAACAAGCUGUGCAAUACAACAACAACUACAACAACUACAACAACAUCAGCUGCACAGACAACAACUAAGUAAAAGCAUGAUGUACAUUCCAAUUGUUAAGCUGUCAAGUGAAUGGAAGAGCCAUAAGGAAAUGUCCACGCAAAACGAUUUUCAGCUAAUGGCCACGGGCAGCUCAAUCAAAUAAAUGUUCAAUUGAUAACAUUUUCGAGAUAUCAACGAAAAAAACGAACUGCAAAUAGAAUUAAUCUGACAAAACUUGAAAACGAAAAUCUAAACAACUUGCCUAGAGCCACAGGUAACUUUUUUUUUUUUCACUGUGACGCUGUACGCGAAAAGCCGUCAAAAUUACGACGUAUCACCCACCCACGCCCAAAGUCAAACAGAACCCGGCCAACAUGGACAGCACGUCCGGGCCGGGUGCGUUUGACGAUGAGCCGCCGCCGGAGCCACGGGAUGGCUGGCUACUGGUGCGCAUCCAUGUGCCGGAGCUGAAUGUCUACAAGUGUCUGCAGUUCCCAUCGGAGCGACUCGUCUGGGAUGUCAAGCAGCAGGUGUUGGCCUCUUUACCAAAGGAGCUGAAGGAGAGCUUCAACUAUGGCCUCUUUGCACCACCCUCGAAUGGGAAAGCGGGCAAGUUUCUGGACGAGGAGCGGCGCUUGGGCGACUAUCCAUUCAAUGGACCCGUCGGUUACCUUGAGCUCAAGUACAAGCGUCGCGUGUAUAAAAUGCUCACACUGGACGAGCGCCAGCUGAAGGCGCUGCACACGCGUGCCAACCUGCGUCGCUUCUUGGACUGCAUCAAUGGGGGCCAUGUGGAGAAGAUAGCCAAGAUGUGUGCCAAGGGCCUGGAUCCAAAUUUUCACUGCUCGGAAAGCGGCGAGACGCCGCUCUCGGUGGCCACCGGUGCCAAGAAGCCCAACAAGCUGCUCAUUGCUCUGGUCAAUGGCGGUGCUCUGCUGGACUACCGCACCAAGGAUGGCACCACAGCGCUCCAUCGAGCUGUCGAACACGAUUCGCUCGAGGCGGUCAGCACGCUCCUGGAGCUUGGCGCCUCGCCCAAUUAUCGUGACGGGCGUGGCAUAACGCCCCUUUACAUUUCAAUAACACGCAAAUGCGACGCAAAGAUUACGGAGAGCCUGCUGCAUGACCACGCCACGUUGGGCAUACAGGACAGCCAGGGCUGGAACGAGGUGCACCAGGCCUGUCGGCACGGCCUAGUGCAGCACUUGGAGCACUUGUUGUUCUACGGUGCUGACAUGGAUGGACGCAAUGCGUCCGGUAACAGCCCGUUGCAUGUUUGCGCUGUUAACAACCAAGAGGCUUGUGCUAGAAUGCUUCUCUUUCGCGGCGCACAACGCGGUGCCCAGAACUUUGCCAACCAAACUCCCUAUCAGGUUGCGGUCAUCGCUGGCAACUUGGAACUAGCUGAGAUCAUUGAGAACUACAAAUCGGAGGAUAUAGUACCCUUCCGGGGACCGCCACGCUACAAUCCGAAACGCCGUUCGGGCAUCGGUUGGCUGAGCGCCAAUGGGGCCGCUGGCGCUGCGCUGCUGGCAGCGGCUGCCGGUGGGCUCGGUGGUGCAGGCGCUGUGCCGGGGCCGGGUGGCCAGCAGCCGGUGUGUGUGAAUGGCGGCAAUGGGGCGAUGGGCACGCUUACGCGACGUGAGCUGCAGCAGCUGCAGCCGCCACACCACCAUCUGACCCAUCCGAACCACCAACAGCCCCACAGCCAUCAGCACGUGCAGCAGCACUUGCACCACCAGCACCAGCACCAGCAGCCGCAUCUGCAGCUGCACGGCCCGCCCUCGCCCUGUCCAUCGGAGCACAUGCUGGGCGCCUACAGCUCGGCCAGCUCGAGUCUAUCCGAGGGCUCGUCGGGACAUCGCUCGCACGAAGACGACAUCAGCAUUGUGACAGAUAAGUCACUGGGAGACACCAGCGACAUCAUCAGCGACUCGUCGGGCGUGGGCACCAACUCGGACUCGGCCGCUUGCUCCAUUGGACAUCCCAGCACCACGGUGGUGUGCAUGGAGCCCUAUGCGGGCAACACGGUGGGUCACAUACGCCUCCAGCCGGGCGACGUGAUCGAGGUGGUGGGCAGCACCGAUUGCGGCCUCCUCGAGGGGUAUGUGCGCGGCACCAAUCAGUCGGGCUUCUUCCCCGCCGAUUGCGUCCAGGAGGUGAAUCUGCGCCAGAAGCACAUCACCAACGUGAUGACCGCCAGCACGGGCAUGGCCCCCCAGCAACACCAACACCAACAGCAGCAGCAGCAACAUCAGGUGCUGCAGGCACAACAGGUCCAGCCAGGCUCCUACCAGGGCUCCCCACAGCUCAGCCUGGGCGGCCACUCCGGCAGCUCCAGUACGCUGCUCCAGCAGCCGCAUCAGUCGCCCUCGCUCUCCAUGACCAGCAACGGCUCCUGCCAGCAGCAGCAGCAGGGGCAGCAGCAGCCCGAGGACAUGGUCAACAAUUCGAUUGGACAGUACAGCAGCGCCACAGCGCCACGCAUCAAGAAGAGCGCCUACAACGCGCCUCGCUCAGUUGUGUUGCACCGGGCUAAGCGUGGCUUCGGCUUCAUUUUGCGCGGCGCUAAGGCCAGUUCUCAGCUGAUGCAACUGCGUCCGUCAGAGCGCUUCCCGGCGCUCCAGUACUUGGACGACGUGGAUCCGGGCGGUGUGGCCGACAUGGCGGGACUGCGGCCCGGGGACUUUCUGCUCACCAUCAACGGGGAGGAUGUGAGCGCCGCUUCGCAUGAGCAGGUCGUCGAGAUGAUACGCUCCGCCGGCGCCCUGGUCAACAUGACCGUCGUCUCGCCCCAGUUUCCGCUUCAGAUGCAGGCCAGCGCCCAGUACUUGCCCAGCGGGGCCCGCGCCGGCAGCCAGCAUCUGUCCAGUGGACCCAGCACGCCGCAGAGCGCACAUCGCCAAUGCGCUACGCUGCCUCGCAAGAUGUCCAUGGGUCCGGGCAGCCAUGCCGGCGGCGGCGGCUCGACCGGCGGAGGCAGUGUUCGCAUGGCGCCGAUGCCACCGCGCCGCGAUCCAAAGACUACGCUGAGCGUGGGUCGGGCCAGGGCCAAGUCGAUGGUGGCGGGCCUGGAGAACGGAGGCGAGAAGGAGCAGGAGGAGCAGGUGCCGCAUGCCAAGUCCAAUUCGGUUGAGUCGAUCGCCACGCCCACGCCCACACAUCCGGGCACGCCGGUGCAGCUGCGCACGGCCAGCAUCAAGGCGCGGCCCACAUCGAGUCGCAUCACCGCCGCCGAGCUGGAGGAGCUCUUCCAGCGACAGCAGGGCGAGGGCGGGGCCAGCAAUGCCAAUCGCUACGCCACCAUGAUGACCAGUUCGCGCUUCCAGUCGGGCACGGACAGUGGUGCUGCCACGCCUCCCGGCGCAAACGGGUCGCCAAUGCGCACUGGCCCACAAGUCUACGGCAGCGUGGCCGAGAUGAAGCGCCAGAAGACGGCGCGAACCAAGCACGGCAGCGGCACACUGCGUGGCAAGCCCGUGGCCACGCCCACUGUGGGCGGAGCGGUCGCUGGCAGUGGUCGGGAUCUGAAGCGCUUUCACUCAACGCCCGAUCUGCACGGACCGCAGCUGCACGGCUCGGCCUCGUCCAUCUGGCAGGCCGCAGGCAAAGGACAUCACUCGCAGGACGACGUGGCCACGUUGCACGCCUCACUGCAGCGCCUCAACACGACGGGCGACAAGGAGAGCAAAGGUGGGGCGGGUGCAGCUGGUGCCGUGCUACCGCCACCCAACCACCCACCACCGCCUCCUCCAGUGGGCCAGGUGGUGAAGGUGGAGACGCGUAGCAGUGUCUCGGAGUACGAGAGCACAAUAUCGCUGCAGCAGAAGCUGAAGAAGCGUGCGGAGAACGACGCAGUCACCUCGGCGGCCAUCGACGGUGUCCAGAGCAGCUUCAAUCCAUCGGCCAAUGCCAAGAUCUACGCCUCGCCGCAGGAGCUGCGCAACGUGAUGGCCUGGAAGCUGCGGCAGGCGCAGGAGAAAACCCAGCAGGAACCACAGUCACAGCAGCAACAGCAGCAGCAACAACAGCAGCAACAUGUCAGUCAGUAUGCAGCACCAACACAGCUGCGUCCACAGGCUCCUGCUCCAGUGGGCUCCCACUAUGCAGCGCCACAGGUGCAGCAGCAGCCGACAGCAGCAGCGGCUGCACCACAAUCGCCACCUGCACCACCACCGCCGCCAGCAGCAACGCAACAACAGCAGCAGCAGCAGCAACAUUCAAAUGGCACUGCAAGUGCGUCAGCAACUGUUGCUGGUCCAGCACCGCCCAUACCCGAGCCGGACUACAGCUGCAGCGAGUCGGACGGCGAGGAUGAGAACUCGAUUCUGGUGGCCCGCAACACGAAGCUCAAUGAGAAAAUUGCGCUGUUCGACGUGCCGGAGACCAGUGGCAACAGCCAGGGCAGUGGCAGCAGCUCUGCCUCUGGCUCAGGUGCCUCCAUUUCGCACUCGCUGUCCGUGGAGGAGAUACAGCGCAUUCGGAGCAAUCUGAAGACCUCCAAGUCCUCGCCCAAUGGCUUUCUCAAGAAGGAAGAGGAGCAGCAGCAGCAGCAGCCCCAGCAGCAACAAUUGCUGCCACAGCCUGCUGCUGGCGAGGAUGAGUGCGACAACAGCAGCUCGGGCGUCAGCAGUGACCAGGAGUUGCUCGCCACGUGCGCUGCCAAGCCCACGGAUACCAUCAAGAAGAAGCCGAGCGUGACUAUUGUGGAGGAGCCGAAGACCAUACCGGAUCCACCAGUCAAACCCAUGGCCAAGACAACCAUCAGUAUUGGAGCAGCGCCAGCAGCAGCGCCAGCAACAACUACACUGACUGUUAAGCAGCUGGUGCAGCAGCAACAUGCGCCGGUUAUACAACAGCAGCAGCAGCAGCUGAGCGGCGCUAAGCCAGCAGCAAUGGUUGCCACCAAGCUGCCAGGCAGCACCACUCAAAUCAAGUCGAAUCAGCCCGUGCUCAGUCCUCAGGUGCUCGGUCGCAUACCCAAUGUUCACCACCAGCAGCAACAGCAGCAGCAGCAGCUGCUGCAGCAACACCAAGCGAAUCCCAACAUAAAGCUGAUUGCCACACAGCAGCAGAUACUGCAGCAACAGCAACAGCAACUGGCGCACCAACAACACUUGCAGCAGAUACUCAAAGCCAAAGCAGCGGCCGCUGGUGGCGCCAGCACCGCCGCCCUGGUGGCCAAGCAGCAGCAGCAGCUACACAAGGGCCACGACUCGGAGCUGGAGCAGCGAUCCGAUCUCGAUGACGACGAUGGCGAAUUGAGUCCCUCGCCGCCGGCCAAGGCAUUCCAGCGGCACAACUCCUUGACGCGCAAGCAGGCGGCGGCCAUUGCCAUGCAGCGGGGCGCCACACGCACCACAGCCGUAUCGUUGGUGCAGCUGCCACCCCCUCUCGAGGCGGACAGCGACGGCGAGCCCACGCAGCAGCAGCAUCUGCUACAGCAACAGCAGCAGCUGGCCACGCACAUUGUGGGCAUGCUGCCCAGCGGCCAGUUGGUGGCAGUGCCCUCUGCGGCUGUUGCUGCUGCCAGCGCUGUAUCGCAGCCGGGCAACAACAAUCUGCAGCUGUGCACCGAGAAUCUGGUGUUGGCGCCGCCUCCUCAAUUUUGUGACUGCAAUGAUGCCAAGCAUGCGCCGCAGUAUCAUCCACAGCAGCAGCAGCAACAGCAACUCCAGCAGCAGCAGCAACAACAGCAACAGCACCAGCAGCAGCAGCAACAGCAGCAACAACAGCAGCAGCAUCAGCGGCUGUCUGGUGGCGCUGGCGCUGGCGCAGUUGGCACCUUGGGGCGUGUGCGCAUUGUAGGCGCCAUGCCCAAGGCCAAUCACCAUAGACUGCACUAGAGCAGCCAUCGAUAACUUAUCGAUCAAUUGAUUGAUCGUUCAACAAUUUGCCAAAAACGUUUAAACGUUAAUUAGAAUUACAAAGCAAAACAGCAACAGUCAUUGCCAUUCACAACGAAUAGCUGCACUCAUACAGACACACAUGCCCACCAUACUCACACCCACACAACACACAUGCACACGCAUGCUUCGAAUCAACUUGUAUGCAAAUGCUAUCGAUGAAUAAUUAAAUUACGAAAAUAUGGAUGUAAAAACAUAAACGAGAACUCAAAACGUAAAAGAAAACGAUAAAAAAGAAAAAACGGAUAUGAUAAUUAGUUAAUUACGCGAAAAGGCACGAGCACGAUUUUUAAUUUCUUUGAUUCUGAAUUUCGGAAUACGAAAACAAAUAUUCUAUUAUUUUAACAAUUAUAUAUUUAUUGCGUGUGAUAUAAAUUUAUGUACGCGGCGUAGGCGCAGCAAAGAAACUCAAACAAAAGAAAGGAAGAAAAGGAUUCAAACUUUGAAUUGAGAAUUUGAAACAUGUUUGCAAUAUUUAAGUAAAACUCUUAAUACACAUAUGUAAAUCGUAAAUAUAUAUAUAAGUUAAUAGCAAUUGAAAACAAACUGAGCCAAACUGAUGGUCAGUUGUCAAUUGGCUCAGUUUCUUUUCGAGCUGCACAAGUGAAAAUUGUCGUAUUCGAUGUGGAAAAUAGCCGAAGCAAAUCUCGAAUAUACAUCCACAACAAAUGCAAUUCACUUUUAGAAUAAGUAUGGAGCGUUUAACUAGGGGCUAGUUCAUUGUUUCAAGUGCAUUUCAGUAUCCAUCCAUUCAGCAACAUGCACAAAACAUUCGAAACUCUCACACACAGUUUUAGAGAAACAUUUUAGACAAACAGAAAUAAUAACAAUAACAAUAAUAAUUAAUAAUAACAAUACUAAUUGAAUUUGAAUUUGCGCAUUUAGCUGAAUUGUCAAGUCGAGUCUAAUUGGAGGAAAGACGAAGAGAGAGACACGAAGUAAACCACUUACCUAAUUAACUACUUAACAAUUAAAGGCAUUUUUAAACAGCAUAUUUAAUACAAUUCUACAAACACGUGAAUUUUUGCUAGUAAAAUUUACAGGUUUUUACUUUUAACACCGUUUUUGUAUAAUUGUUUUUUAGAGAAGAACUUUAACUUGCGCAAGUAUUACAAAGUAAAAUAAAAAGAGCAACAUACAUAAUAAUUAUAAACAAUAAUUAAAUAAAACUGCAAAUUAUAUACCAUUACGAUUCUAAUAUGGAAUAUGGAAUAUGAAAAUUGAAAGAGGUUCUCAAGCAACUCCGGCCCUUGCCGCAAAUAUUGUUAACGAGCCUCGACUUGGAGACAUGCGUACGACCGAGUAACAAUUAUUAUAACUAAGGCUGAUUUUAUUGCAUAAUAGUGCGACAUGUCACAGGCAACAUUUGAAAUUGAUUACUAGCAAUAAUAACAUCUAAAAACUCAACUAAUGCAAACAGCAACCAGCAAUGGCAUUUACAUUAUUUAAACAAAUCCCGUUCGAAGUGUCGCAAACCAUUUAACAUUAAAAUAAUUAAUAUACUAAUUACGAUAUUAGUAAGCUAAACACUUAAACAUUUAGAAUUGGCAGGCCGCACCUUUGCACUAGCGUCUAAGUGUUGAAAAGUUAUUAUACACAACAGUACACACACACACAUACACAUACAUAUAUAUAUGAAUAUAUAUUGGCAAAGCUAGCUUCUAAUUAGAUGUAGCACACUAUUUAGUUCUCGCAAUAGUUGCUAAUUAUUUUUAAAUCGUUCUUAGUUCGAAAUCUCCGCCUAUGCCCUCGUCCAUUCCUAUCCUUCUUCUCCGCGCUUCCCUUACAUUAUACCCUUUUGAUUUUAGCUAAGCUUGUUCUAUGUUUAAGUUAACCAUGUCGAGUGCUCAUGCAAGUCCUACCUAAGUGAAACUAUAUAAACCUAUAACCACACAUUGAGACACACAUAGACAUAAAUACACACACCCACAUAAGUAUAAACAUAAAUACAUACAAAUAUCGAGUACAUGCAAAAUAAGCGUGCAUAAUAUGCGUACUAUUCACAAAUAUAAUGUUAAACAAUUGAAGCACACAUACAAAGCCACACAUACACUUACAUAAGCACACAUUAAAUGCAUGUAUUUACAAUUAUGGAAUAUAUUUAUUAUAAGUCAUAAAAUAUGCAAUUAUGUAUUAUGAACAUGCGUAUACAGAAAUCAAUAAAUAUGAAUGAAAAAC